AUGACUUCGGCCACUUCACCUAUCAUUUUAAAAUGGGACCCCAAGAGUUUGGAAAUCCGGACGCUCACAGUGGAGAGGCUCCUGGAGCCGCUUGUCACACAGGUGACGACCCUUGUUAACACCAGCAACAAAGGCCCAUCAGGGAAGAAGAAAGGGCGGUCAAAGAAAGCCCAUGUCCUGGCUGCAUCUGUAGAGCAAGCCACUCAGAACUUCCUGGAAAAGGGGGAGCAGAUCGCUAAGGAGAGUCAGGACCUCAAAGAAGAACUGAUCGCUGCUGUGGAAGAUGUGCGCAAGCAAGGUGAGACCAUGCGCAUCGCCUCGUCCGAGUUUGCUGAUGACCCGUGCUCAUCCGUGAAGCGUGGCACCAUGGUGCGGGCGGCGAGGGCUUUGCUGUCAGCUGUCACCCGCCUGCUCAUCCUGGCGGACAUGGCAGAUGUCAUGAGACUUUUAUUUCAUCUGAAAAUUGUCGAGGAGGCCCUGGAAGCAGUCAAAAAUGCUACAAAUGAGCAAGACCUUGCAAACCGCUUCAAAGAAUUUGGGAAAGAGAUGGUGAAACUGAACUAUGUAGCAGCCAGGAGACAACAGGAGCUGAAGGAUCCCCACUGCCGGGACGAGAUGGCCGCCGCCCGAGGGGCCCUGAAGAAGAACGCCACGAUGCUGUACACGGCCUCCCAGGCCUUCCUCCGCCACCCCGACGUCGCGGCCACCAGAGCCAACCGCGAUUACGUGUUCAAGCAGGUGCAGGAGGCCAUCGCCGGCAUCUCCAAUGCCGCGCAGGCCACCUCGCCCACAGACGAGGCCAAGGGCCACACGGGCAUCGGCGAGCUGGCUGCGGCUCUGAAUGAGUUUGACAAUAAGAUUAUCCUGGACCCCAUGACGUUCAGCGAGGCCCGGUUCCGGCCGUCCCUGGAGGAGAGGCUGGAGAGCAUCAUCAGCGGGGCCGCGCUCAUGGCCGACUCCUCCUGCACCCGGGACGACAGGCGCGAGAGGAUCGUGGCCGAGUGCAACGCGGUGCGCCAGGCGCUCCAGGACCUGCUCAGCGAGUACAUGAACAACACUGGAAGGAAGGAGAAAGGAGAUCCUCUAAACAUUGCAAUUGAUAAGAUGACCAAGAAAACAAGAGAUCUAAGGAGACAGCUUCGGAAAGCUGUGAUGGAUCACAUAUCUGAUUCUUUCCUGGAAACCAACGUCCCUUUGCUGGUUCUCAUCGAGGCUGCAAAGAGCGGGAAUGAAAAGGAAGUGAAGGAGUAUGCCCAGGUUUUCCGUGAACAUGCCAACAAGCUGGUGGAGGUUGCCAAUUUGGCCUGUUCUAUCUCCAACAAUGAGGAAGGGGUGAAAUUGGUGCGAAUGGCAGCUACCCAGAUUGACAGCCUGUGUCCCCAGGUCAUCAAUGCUGCUCUCACACUGGCUGCCCGGCCGCAGAGCAAAGUUGCUCAGGACAACAUGGACGUCUUCAAAGACCAGUGGGAGAAGCAGGUCCGAGUGCUGACGGAGGCCGUGGAUGACAUCACCUCGGUGGAUGACUUUCUUUCUGUCUCAGAAAAUCACAUCUUGGAGGACGUGAACAAAUGUGUGAUAGCCCUCCAAGAGGGGGAUGUGGACACUCUGGACCGGACUGCGGGGGCCAUCAGGGGCCGGGCAGCUCGGGUCAUACACAUCAUCAAUGCUGAAAUGGAGAACUAUGAAGCUGGUGUUUACACUGAAAAGGUGCUGGAAGCUACAAAAUUGCUCUCUGAGACAGUGAUGCCACGCUUUGCUGAACAAGUGGAGGUUGCCAUUGAAGCCUUGAGUGCCAACAUCCCUCAACCAUUUGAAGAGAAUGAGUUCAUCGAUGCCUCUCGCCUGGUGUAUGAUGGCGUUCGGGACAUCAGAAAGGCUGUGCUGAUGAUCAGGACUCCAGAAGAACUGGAGGACGAUUCUGACUUUGAGCAGGAGGACUAUGACGUGCGCAGUAGAACAAGUGUUCAGACCGAGGAUGACCAGCUCAUCGCAGGGCAGAGUGCGCGGGCCAUCAUGGCGCAACUACCGCAGGAGGAGAAGGCAAAAAUAGCUGAGCAGGUGGAGAUAUUCCACCAAGAGAAAAGCAAGCUGGAUGCCGAAGUGGCCAAAUGGGAUGACAGCGGCAAUGACAUCAUUGUGCUGGCCAAGCAGAUGUGCAUGAUCAUGAUGGAAAUGACAGACUUCACAAGAGGCAAAGGCCCAUUGAAAAAUACAUCUGAUGUCAUUAAUGCAGCUAAGAAAAUUGCCGAAGCAGGUUCUCGAAUGGACAAAUUAGCCCGUGCCGUGGCUGAUCAGUGUCCUGAUUCAGCAUGUAAGCAGGAUUUAUUAGCCUAUCUUCAGCGAAUUGCCUUGUAUUGCCACCAGCUUAAUAUCUGCAGCAAGGUGAAGGCGGAAGUGCAGAACCUGGGAGGAGAGCUCAUUGUGUCAGGGCUGGACAGCGCGACAUCGCUCAUCCAGGCAGCGAAAAACCUGAUGAACGCUGUUGUCCUCACUGUCAAAGCCUCCUAUGUGGCCUCGACCAAAUACCAGAAGGUCUAUGGGACAGCAGCUGUCAACUCCCCUGUUGUGUCUUGGAAGAUGAAGGCUCCAGAGAAGAAGCCCCUUGUGAAGAGAGAAAAGCCUGAAGAAUUCCAGACGCGAGUGAGGCGAGGGUCUCAGAAGAAACACAUUUCGCCGGUACAGGCCUUAAGUGAAUUCAAAGCAAUGGAUUCCUUCUAG